AUGCCGAGCUCAAGAAAAUUAAAACGAGCUGUUAGGAAUAUUGAAAAGCAAAAUCGAACAGUUACUAAUGAUUUAAAAUCUCCGGAAUAUUCCACUCCAUUACCUAAUAAGGGUUGCUCAAAUGGUGAAAAUGCGCAGAUUAAAGGUUCUUCAACUCACCACGAAGUGGAUCAAUCCAUGACUAGCACUGACUUAGUAACUUUAGACACUUCAGAACAA